AUGAAGCGUGGAGUGGUCGAGAUGCCUGUGACAGUGGGGCCAUAUGGCCAAUCCCAACCCAGUUGCUUUGACAGAGUGAAGAUGGGCUUCAUGAUGGGCUUUGCUGUUGGUAUGGCAGCAGGUGCACUGUUUGGCACAUUAUCUUGUCUCAGGUUUGGCAUGAGAGGGCGAGAACUGAUGGGUGGUGUUGGCAAAACCAUGAUGCAGAGUGGUGGAACUUUUGGGACAUUUAUGGCAAUUGGCAUGGGAAUCCGCUGUUAAUGUUACUUUUCUAUCACGAAGACCAAUACCCUUGCAAGUUGGAACUUCUGCUAUGUAGUAGAAUAAAAAUCUCUGCACCAAGAUUGAAUAA